AUGCCAUACCCUGGUGGUCCUAUAAACAGCAAUGUUCCCGUGGUAUAUACCGAGGACGCGGCCACGAAAUUGAGUGAUCGCGUGCGGAGAAGGUGCUUCAAUUGCUGCACUACUGACACAAGUACAUGGAGGAGAAGUAAUCUCAGUCCGGGAAAAGUGCUGUGUAAUAAAUGUGGCCUGUUUGAGCGCACACAUUCUAGGCCUCGUCCUGAACAGUUCCCUCAUAAACGUGGUCCACUUGCUUCUUCGACGCUACGCUCUCGUUCUCCACCUGUACCUCAUUCCUUACCGUCGCCAUCGAUGCAUAACCAGUCCACUGGUCAUGGUUCGCAUCCUCAAGGCUCACCUCCAAUGUCAAGUCAUAAUACACUUCCUCCGAUUUCCCCUCCUUACUCUUAUUCUCAUCCACCUCAUCCUUCGCUAGCUCCCCUGAGCUCAGUUGCACCUCCAACAUCUAAUGGUAGUCACCAUGAAUUGAAGAGAGAGGAGGAUCACAAAAAGUCAUUGUCUAGGCCUUGGCAAGACCGAGGGUCCCCACCGAUUUCGAAACGCUCACCCCCAAGCGGACGGGCUUCCCCAGUUCCUCCGCCAAUGAGCUCUGUUUCGACAGCAUCCGUCAAAUCUUCUCGAUCGCGCUACGAGCGUGAUGAAAAUUAA